CAAAGCUGCGCCUUCAUGUAAAAGUGCAGUUGAAAACUUUGUGUCGUAGUGAAAUCAUGUCCGUGUGUUUUUCUACCUCAAAUUUAUUUUAUUUUUGUUUAAUACCUAAGAAAAACAUAACUAAAAAUGGUCAUUUUAGUUUUUUUGGUAGAUACUAGUGCGUCUAUGAACCAAAAGACGUGCCUUGGUACUACCUAUUUAGACCUAGCAAAAGGAGCUGUGGAAUCUUUUUUAAAAAUACGAGCUCGUGACAUUAAUGCCAGUCGUGGAGAUCGUUAUAUGUUGGUGACUUUUGACGAACAUAAUAAAUCUGUUAAGGUUGGUUGGAGAGAAAAUCUUGCACAAUUUUUAAAAGAAUUAAAGAAUUUAGAAGCAUAUGGUCUUACUGAUCUUGGUGGAGCUUUAAAACAAGCUUUUGACUUACUGAAUAUGACACGGUUACAGUCAGGAAUAGAUAAUUAUGGUUUGGGUAGGAAUCCUUAUUACUUAGAACCUGCUUUAGUAAUGUUGUUUUCGGAUGGAUGUGAUCUUAUUAAUGUCAAUGGAAUUACAGGAGAGAUAAUUGUACCAUCUAAUAACCAGUUACCUGGUGCUGAGUUAACAAAAGAAAUAUAUAGGUGGGACCAGCGAUUGUUUGCAUUAAACCUUAAAAUACCAGGUUUUGCAGCCUCUGUAAAUGAAAAGUUAUCUACUUUACAAGCAGAAGAUAUGGCUCUUUCAAAUCUUUGUGAAGAUACUGGAGGAAAGUUAUAUAGUAUUGGAAGUUACAAAACGUUAUUGCAAUCUCUUGAAUCAAUUGCUCAAAAAAUUGCAGUUCCAGGUGUUAUAAUUAAUUUUGAAAAGCAUGGUCCUGACCCUGAACCAAUUUUAAAGGAUGGAUCAAAAACACCAAAAACUGAAGAAGAAUCUGUUUCCCCUGCUCUUGAUAAUAAUGGUGUACUUCCGAUUUCAUUUAAUUCUACAGUUCCACUAAUGAAUGGCUUUCUUUCACACUCUAAUCGUCUAUUAAAUGAAAAUAUAAUGAAUGGGAAUCUCAAUAAUAGCUUUCUACCUACAGAUUCAAAUGGAAAUAUUGCUUUAGGAGGUUUGUUACUACCUCCUCCUAUUCUCCAUCCUGGAAUGAUCCCUCCCCCUCCUCUUCCUGUUGGAAUGCUUUCGAAAGGUCUGCAUCCACCACCUAUGUCUAGUAUCCUUCAAUCAAUGUCAUUUCCAUCUCACAUUAACAUACCUGUUAAAAAUGUAAUUCCGACAAGAAUGAUGAAUGGAAAAAUUGAAGCUGAGUCAGCUAAAGUGAUACCAAAAACUGAUGCACAAAAUACAAGUGUUUCUGUUAUUCCUGAAAAUCCAAUUCGUGGUGAUGAACAUCCUGAUCUUCAUUCUGAUAUGGUUUCGCCCGUUUCAGUUUUGUCACCUUCUAUGGCUUGGACUAAACAGCGGCGGAUGAUUUUUGUUCGCACAAAUAUAAAAGGAACUGUUGGACAUUGGCCUAUCCCAGAAUCUUAUUGGCCAGAUUCAUCUAUGAUUGCUUUGCCACCACGUGAUAGUCAUCCUGUCAUAAAGUUUCAGUGUAAACCUUGUGAAGCAAUGAUCAUUGAUAACCUUCCAUUUGACAAGUACGAGCUUGAACCUUCACCUUUAACUCAAUAUAUACUUGAACGAAAACAACCAAAUAUUGCAUGGCAGGUGUUUGUUAGUGGUAGCUCAUGUGAUUCUGAGAUUGGUUAUCCAUUUGGUUACUUAAAAGCUGCUACGAAUCUUUUGUGUGUAAAUUUGUUUGUCCUUCCAUAUAACUACCCAGUGGUUAUGCCGUUGAUUGAUGAAUUGAUAAAAGUACACAAGUGUAAACCUUCUCCAAAAUGGCAGCAGUCUUUUGAGCAAUAUUUAAGAAAGAUGCCAAGUUAUUAUAUUGUGUCACUUCAAAAUGCAUUUAAAAGAAUGGGAGUUACUAACAACUUAAUACCUGAUCAUUUUGAUGGUUCCUUAAAUUACAAUAUUCUUUCAUAUAUGAAAAGAAUCAAGCAUCUUGGGAAAAAUGAAGCAGAGAGGCUGAUAAAUAUUCACAGUCAACAGAGCACAGCUGACCCCAUCAAAAUAACGUUACCAUAUGCACCACAAUUGACAGAUGGUAAACAAAAAGAUUUUAAAGCAUUUUUGUUAAAAGAAAAUGUUGCAAUAAAUCGUAUAAAACCUGAACCAAUUGAUGACAAAACAAAAAUGACCACUGAGGAAGCUCAAGUUUUCAUGUCUAGAAAUUUACCUGCAUUGGUUGAGAGAUUUCAAGUCCAAAGUUAUAAGAAUCCAUUUGACAUUCAUCGUGGUGAUAUUAUUGACCAUGUUAACAGAAUGAGAGCUAACUUUUUUCAAAUGCCAAAUAUUCUAAGCAGCAGAAUGCAUGAUGAGGAAUUAAAACAUUGCAUUUCUAUAAGCAUGAUGGGUAACUACAAAGAGCCGGAACUUCAACAAGUAAAACCUCUACGCGAAGUAGAUUCUAGUCAAAUUCGUUUGCAUACCUUUGGAAAUCCAUUCAAGUUAAAAGAACAGGACCAACAAUUUAUCGUUGAUGAAGCAGAUGAAAGUGCUUUUAACCAAAACCCUCGAAAGCGUUUUAACGAACCGUUAGCUUUAAAAGUAAAACGAAAAAGAAAUGAUUCUGCUCCUAGUAGGCGUCCAGUUGGGCGUCCUAAUACUCCGCCGCCAAAACUCAUAUCUUUUUCUAAAUUAGAACCCGUUAAAAAUAUUAUAAAUCAAGUUAUCGAUCAAAAGUGUCUUAAACCUGAAGACACCUAUGUUAAAAACAAUAGCAAAGACUCGAAAGUUGUGAAUAAGAAAGACGAUAAAAAACUAACAUCUAUAAGUGUAAACGACCAACUUCGAAAAUUACAAAAAAUGCAUAGAAAGAGAAAAGUUAAUAAUUUAAAUAACGAUGAAAAAUUAGACACUGAAAGUACUUUAGUUUCUUCCUCGACAAACGUUCCAAUUUUUUCUUUAGAGGUUCCCAAAGAAUCUCUUAUAUCAAAUGAUGUAAAUAAUCUUUCUAAUCAUUCUCUAAAACAAGCGAGGUUAGAACUUCAAAAAAAAUAUCCUGUUAAAAUUCGUCUUGAAGUCUGGAAAGCUCUUCGAGAACGGAAAGAUUUUCAAUUUAUACUCAACCUCUUGGAAUCAUUAAACGUUUCUACUAACGCUAAAUUUCUGUUUAUUAACGAACUUAUAGACGAAAGUAAUAGAUUUCAAUUGCAUAGUCUUGUAAAGAAGCUUGAGACUUUACUUCAAAAUUUAGUAAUAUCUGAAAAAAGUUAAAACCUUUUAGCGUGUAGGUGUUUGACACCAAAGGUUAGUCAAUGCAAACAUAGUCCAACGGAUAAAAUCUUUUGGAAGACACUUGCAAUCAGAUGACCAAUAGUACUUAUGCAGAUGAUCUAUUUUAAUCCAAGGUACAAUUAGAUGGUUGGUAUUAAAUCAUAAAAUGCAAUCUUCCCUAUCGAAAGAUAAAUGGUAAUCGGUAGUUAAAUGUUUUUAAAACAUGGCUACAUCUAUUUUAGUUGUGAGAAAAACAAACGUUCUUUAAGUAACUUAUACAAAUUCUAGUUUUUGUAUCAAAACAAAAUGUUAACAGCUUAAAUUUUAAUUUA